AUGGCGAUCUGUACUUAUAACGCACGUACGCUUGCAUCGGGAGCGGCCAUCGAAGAUCUGAUGAUGCAAGCCAAGAAGAUCAAGUACGAUGUCAUCGGACUGACCGAGACGAGACGACGUCACCCUCUCAACGCCGUAUAUGAAACUGGAGAAGAACUGUUCUUAGGAACAUGCGACAGUAGAGGUGUUGGUGGAGUUGGCGUCCUCGUCAACACGAGUAUGGCAAAGAACAUCGACUCUUUUGAACAACUUACGACCCGAAUCGGACGUCUGCGGAUGAGAAAAUGUGGCCCAAUACCAGCUUUGACUAUCUUCGUCGUUUACGCUCCAACAUCAAGCUACGAAGAAGAAGUCGAAGUUUUCUAUAUGGACCUGGAGAAGUUCUACCAAGAAGAUCAUGCCUUCUACAAGGUCAUAGUUGGCGAUUUCAACGCUAAGGUUGGCCCAAGAAGAACGCCGGUGGAACUUCACAUCGGGACCCACGGUCUACAAUGGAAUGACCAGGGAGAGAGGCUCUCCGAGUUCAUCAUGACGACUAAGACCAUCCAUGGGAACUCGCAAUUUCAGAAGCCCUCUUCUUUACGCUGGACGUGGGAGUCACCCGGUGGAGGGUACCGUAAUGAAAUAGACCACAUCAUCGUCAAUAAAAGGUUCUGUCUGACGGACGUCGGUGUUGUACCAAAAUUCUAUACGGGAUCGGACCAUCGCCUCCUCCGAGGAAGAUUUUCCUUCACAAGGAGAGCAGAGAAAGCCGCCAAGUUCAGAGAGAGAAAUCCCAGGACUACCAUCAACUGGGAUCUCUUCGCUACGCUAGCCGGCUUUUGGGAAGAUUCCGCAAUGGACAACAUCGACGAGGAAUAUGACCGGCUUGUCGAACACCUUCACGACUGUGCGAAGAAGGCUGAGAGUUUUAAAACCACCAAGAGGCGCCUGUCUCUUGAAACUCCUGAGCUGAUACGCCAGCGUGGAGCAGCACGAGCCGCAGGGAACCAAGAACUCACGUCCGAGCUCGCAAGGCUUUGCCGAGAGGCGAUAAAGGAAGACCUUAAAGAGAGAAGAGCAGAAGUGCUGGCUGAAGCUGCAGAGGCGGGGAAAAGCAUCCGCUAUGCCCGUCGAGACUUCGCCAGUCGCAAGACGAGGAUGACUGCUCUCCGGAACCCAAAGGGAACAGCCAUUGCAUCGAGAAGGGGGAUGGAGAAAAUCAUCUACGACUUCUACUCUGAUCUCUUCGACAGCCAUGUCCACUUGCCUCCUCACCAUCUGAGGGAAGAUGGACAAGUCAUUCCAGAGGUUCUCCUGUCCGAAAUACGACAUGCUAUCAUGUCGGUAAGAAAUCGUACGGCACCCGGUCCCGACAGAAUAAGACCAGAACACCUGAAGAGCCUUCCGCCAGUACUCAUCAACACCCUGGCGAGGCUCUUUACACGUUAUCUGUCGGAAUGCAAGGUUCCUAAACAGUGGAAGACCAGCAAGACCGUGUUGUUGUAUAAAAAGGGAGAUCCACAUGACAUCGGCAGCUAUCGCCCAAUCUGCUUACUGUCCGUCAUCUAG